AUGGAUCAAAAAUCUAAUUAUCUUAAAAUUUGGGGUUUACCAGAGAAUACUAGCGAACAGGAUGUAUUACAGAGGAUAAAAACGAUUGGAAAAGUGACUAAAAUUAAGUAAAUAAAUAAUGUUUGGUACCUCGUGUUUGAGGAUGAAGUGGAUAGCGAUAGUGUUGAAUUAAUAUCAAGCAACUACGCCUAAUUAUUUUAUUUAACUGGUACAGAAUUGACAUCUUAAGACGUCUAGAAAUUUACACAGAUAUUUUCCUAAAAUGAUGAUGAUGAAAUUUAGAGAAAGAGACUUGAAUAAGAAAAACUAUAGGAAAUUGCUAAAAGGUAAUAAGAAGAUUAAAGAUAAAAAUAACUACAAUAGCAAUAAGAAUUUUUAAGAUAAUAAGAAGAAUAAAGAAAAAAAUAAUUAAAGGAGAGAGAAGAGGCUUAAUAAAGAGAGGAGGAGUUGAAGUAGAAAUUAUUAGCUGAAGCUAAACAAUAAUUGGAGUACUAAUAAAGAUAAUAAUAGUAAAAAGAAUAAGAAGAAAAACAAUAAAAAUAAUAAUAGGAAUUGCUUUAGUAGUAAAGAAAAGAGUAAUAAAUAUUCUAAGAGGAGUAUCUUAGAUAAGAAUAAUUGAAAUAAAAUUUAUUAAAUUAAGAAUAAUAGAGAUAAGAAUAAUUGAAAUAAGAUUAAAUAAGAUAAGAAUAAUUAAGAUAAGAUUUAUUAAAAUAAGAAUAACAGAGAUAAGAAUAACUACGAUAGGAGUAAUUAAGAUAAGAAUAACUUAGAUAAGAAUAAUUAAGAUAAGACUAAUUAAAAUAAGAGUAACUCAGAUAAGAAUAGCUCAAAUAAGAAUAAAAAAGACUAGAAUAACAAUAACUUCGUUAAGAAUAAUCGAAAUAAGAAUAGCCCUAAUAAAAUCAAUAGUUCAAUUAAUAAGCUUUGGAUUUGCAAAAGGAAAAAAUAAAAGAAGAGUUAGCACUUGAAUUCGCAAAAUCCUAAUUUUAACAAAAACAAUAGGCAGAAUAAAGAGAGUUGGAAUAAAAUAAGGCACUUUAAAAUUUGAUGAGUAAGAUUACAGAAACUGAAAGUCAAUUGUAAAAUUUAAAAGAUUAAUGCAUUUUCUAAUAAGAAACUUCAAAUAAAUAUCAAAAAGAAAUUUAGGAUCUACACACCUCAUUAAAUCAUGUCACACAAUAGAGAGACAAUGUUAUUGCUAAGUUUAAAGAAUUAUAAUCAAACGAAGGAAGCACAGUCACUAAAGAAGAUAUGGCAUUUUUGGAAUAGCAAUAGUAAUAAUAGUAGCCAUAAUCAACCUAGAAUGUGUUGUUUAAGUUUGAAUUUUGGGUUGUCUUAGUGGGUGCUUGGGUCUUAAGUUAAGUAAUAAAUUUCUUCACCUGAUCCUGAAAUGAAAUAUGAAUUAUCAAAUAUUAAGUAUUUAUU